AUCUAAACCCAUUUAUGCUUGGGGUUUUUCCAUUUUCACUAAAACCUCUCCAUUUUUAUCAUCUUCCAAUGGCGAUUUCUCGUUCCAUCCUUCACCGGCCAGCUAAAUCCUUUUCCUCACUGUUCACUCGUUCCUUCUCUUCGUCAUCUCCUCUCGCCAAUUCCCCUACUGUUUCUCGAUCUGCGUCUUCGUUGUUGAAUCGUUCACGUUCUCUCGUUUCUGGAUUCUCAGCGUUGGUCCGUGCCGGUGUAUCUCUAGCUAGGUGUAUGUCUACGCAGGUUACUUCCGCUUCGCUGAAUGAUCCGAGCCCUAACUGGUCGAAUCGGCCACCAAAGGAUACGAUUUUGCUUGAUGGUUGUGAUUUCGAGCAUUGGUUUGUUGUCAUGGAAAUCUCUCUAGAGACGAGAUUAUUGAUUACUACAUCAAAACCCUAGCUCAAGUUGUUGGCAGUGAAGAGGAGGCAAGGAUGAAGAUUUACUCUGUGUCGCACAAAUGCUACUUUGCUUUUGGAGCUCUUGUUUCAGAAGAUCUUUCACAUAAGAUCAAAGAGUUGCCUAAGGUUAAGUGGGUUCUUCCUGAUUCCUACUUGGAUGGGAAGAAUAAAGACUAUGGAGGAGAACCUUUCAUUGAUGGAAAGGCUGUUCCUUAUGACCCAAAGUAUCAUGAAGAAUGGAUAAGAAACAAUGCUAAUGCAACUAAUGAAAACAGACGCCCUCGCAGGCCUCGCAACUCGGAUGGAGGCAGGAACGAUAGGGGAAACCAAGACACGGGUUACAGACGUCCACCACCAAACCAAGGUAUGGGAGGUGCUCCACCUCCACCGCCUCACAUAGGCAACAACCCAAACAUGCCUCCUCAUAUACAACCACCUAACAUGAACCAGAACUACAGAGGUCCUCCUCCACCACCAAACAUGAACCAGAACUAUCAGGGACCACCAGCACCAAACAUGAACCAGAACUAUCAGGGACCUCCACCAUCAAACAUGGGUCAGAACUACCAGGGACCACCACCGCCAAACAUGAACCAGAGCUAUCAGGGACCUCCACCGCCAAACAUGAACCAGAGCUAUCAGGGACCUCCACCGUCGAACAUGGGCCAGAACUACAGGGGACCUUCACUGCCGCCACCAAACAUGAGUCAGAAUUACGAGGGACCACCACCACCGAACAUGAAUGGAGGAUGGUCUGGAAACUACCAGCAGAACGGUGGAUACCAACAACAAGGUCAGGGUGGUGGAAUGCAGCAACAGCCUUACCCACCCAAUAGGAACCAGAGUUAAACCGUCUUGUGUUUUCAUGUAUAGGAGCGGAUACCAUUUUGUGGUCAGUGUUCUUCAGUUUGUCACUCUGCUUUGUGAGAGAGAGACUGAGAGUUUUAGUCUAAUAAGUUCUGCAUGAGUUAUUGU